UGAGAAAAUAAAAGAGCUCAAACACUAGUCUUGUCUGCCGUGUGCGACGAAAGGGGGGAAUAAAUGCCAGAGGAACAAGGAGGAACCGAAAGGCCAGCAGUCACUGUCGACCACUUCGACUUCCAGUGUUUAUAUAUGAUCCACAAAACUCCAGGAAAAGGCCUUCAGCGCCCAAAGGGGUGGACUGGCUUCUACUAACCGCAUACAGCCCCCCACAGGAGCGCGAUAAGGCAUCACAGGUGAAUGGCGGUCAACCAGGUUCUCACUUGUCAGUCCCUGUCGCUGGGCGAAGAGAUCAGAAGUCUCAGCCCAAUGGGAGCAGCACCGGAUUUUGUACUGGAGGAGCGCCCUCUAAAAACAGGGGUCCUCGCCGACCAUCGGCCAGGAGUCGCGAUAAUCAUAUUGAUAACUAUGCAUAUUGUCGCCAUCGAGACGCCCGGACAGCCUGGAGAUAAGGCCAGAAAAGCACAGACACGUCACGUCGUGGAUGCUGAACCUGGUACCUUGAGCCUGCAAUCAUCACCAAAGGGGCAAUCAGAUUGCAGCAUGACAGCUGUUAUCAACCCAGCUAAUGCUGGCUAUCAGGGCCGUUGAUGAUAUUAAUAAAGUGAGGCUGUUGCUCUCCGCAUUAUCGGACCCCAGACCGAACGAUCGGUGGCGCGCACACACCCCCCC